AUGUACUCUGGAGCUAUGAGGAUCCACGGAAAAGGGCAUUUCCAGGGAGGGAUCCAAGUCAAAAAUGAGAAAAACAGACCGUCUUUGAAAUCUCUGAAAACUGACAACAACAAAACAGAAAAAUCCAAAUAUAAGCCUCUUUGGGGAAAAGUAUUUUACCUGGAUUUACCUUCAGUCAUAGUAGCUGAAAAGCUGCAAAAAGACAUUAAGGAUCUAGGAGGGAGAGUUGAAGAAUUUCUCAGCAAAGACAUCACUUACCUUAUUUCAAAUAAAAAAGAAGCUAAAUUUGCACAAACCUUGGGUCGAAUUUCCCCUGUGCCAAGUCCAGAAUCAGCAUAUACUGCAGAAACUACUUCACCUCAUCCCAGCCAUGAUGGUAGCUCUUUUAAGCCUCCAGACCCAAUGUGUUUAAGCAGAGGAAAAUUAUUAGCUGAAAAAGCUAUCAAGGACCAUGAUUUUAUUCCUUCAAAUAGUAUAUUAUCAAAUGCCUUAUCAUGGGGAGUAAAAAUUUUUCAUAUUGAUGACAUUAGAUACUACAUUGAAAAAAAGAAAAAAGAAUUGUAUUUACUCAGGAAAACAAGCACUUCUGUUAAAGAUGUGGGGAAAAGAAUUUGUACUCAGAAAACAAGAAGUAGACUCAAAAAGCCUUUUGUAAAGGUGGAAGAUACAUGCCAAUUUUAUAGACCGUUUUAUCUUCAGUUGACCAGCAUGCCUUUCAUAAAUUAUUCUAUUCGGAAGCCCUAUAGUCCAUUUGAUAUGGAUAAACCAUCAAGCAUCCAAAAGCAAAGUCAGGUUAAACUGAGGAUCCAAACAGAUGGUGAUAAAUGUGAUGGAACCCAAGUUCAGCUCCAUUUGAAAGAGAAGAAGAAAAAAGGAUAUUGUGAGUGUUGCUUGCAAAAAUAUGAAGAUCUCGAAACUCAUCUUCUAUGUGAGCAACACAGAAACUUUGCACAGAGCAGCCAGUAUCAAGUUGUUGAUGAUAUUGUAUCCAAAUUAGUUUUUGACUUUGUGGAAUAUGAAAGGGAUAUACCUAAAAAGAAAAGAAUAAAAUACAGUGUUGGAACUCUUUCGCCUGUUGAAACAAGCAUACUUAAGAAGUCUAAAACUAAAGAACAGAUAGCAUUGCAAUAUAUUCUUCAGAAAGGCUUUGGGGGACAUAGUAAUAUACAGAAGGUCGAGAAGAAUUUCCUCUCUAAAGAAACCCAGCAGUCUGAACAAGAGUUUGUGUCUGUUUCAGAGCCUAUCCCUAGUCCUUCAAGUGAACCAAGAGGACUUCAAGAGGAAAAGACCAAGAAGUGUUCUAUAUUAAACACAGCUGAAAAUGUCAUUGAACUAGAUUUCAAACAGUUACCUUUGCAUAAAAGCAAGCAGGAAUGUACACUUGAUGUUUCGGAAAAGGAAUUACUCAUAAAUGAAUGUAAUUUGGAAGAACUGAAACUGAAGGUGAAGCACUGUCCAUGUAGACUACAGGCAUCCAUACAAGUUUCCAGUGUCACUAAGAAUGACAGUACAUCUCAACAGAAAGAACAGUCAAUAGCUGACCCUUUCCCAGCAAAGGAGCUAAAGGAAAAGGAUUCCGUGAGUGGUUAUGAUUGUGCUUUGAUAGCAACAAACAGUUCGCACGAGCACCUGACGACAAUUCAAGCAAAGACUUCAUCCCAUAACCUUCCUGAAGAAUCCAAUGACUGUAACCUCAAGAAUGUACAUAGUUUACCUCCUGGUAAAAUCCAUCAUAAUGUGAAAUUAUUAUUAGGAAGAAAUAAAAAAGAAAAUCUAGAGCCAAAUGUGGAAUUAGAUAAGAAAACAAUGGAGUUUACUACCCAAGAAGAAAACAGAAUUUGUAGUUCACCAGUACAGUCUUUACUGGAUUUAUUUCAGACUAGUGAAGAGAAAUCAGAAUUUAUGGGUUUCACCAGCUACCCUGAAAACAGUGGUGCGUACAAUGCUUUAGAUACCUGGAAAGAUGAAAAUUCAGCUAAUCUCUCGUCAGUGGUUUUGUUUUCUUCCCCUUCAAACUCUACAUUUACUGCGUUUUAG